AUGGCCUUCUUCUCCCCAUCCCUAUAUGAUGCAACUUAUCACCAAUCUUGGUCUUCAAGGACCCCCCGGACCCAGGUGCAGACAAGAGGGGGGAACAAGAAGGAGACCAGGGUGGACCCCCAGACCCCCAGCACCAGCCCCCCCCAGGAAUCAAUGACAUUCAAGGAUGUGGCUGUGGACUUCACCUGGGAGGAAUGGGGCUACCUGGACAUCUCCCAGAAGGAGCUUUACUGGGAGGUGAUGCUGGAGAACUACAGGAAUCUGGUCUGCCUGAGCCUUACAGAUUCCAGCAUGGACGUGAUCUCUGAGUUGGAGUCAGGGGAAGCCAGAGGGAUUCCAACAGGUAGUGUCCUAAAAACCAUCUGGUCAGACUGGGAUACCAAGGAGCCAGCUCCAAAGAUAAGUAUUUCUGUGGAAGACUUAUCUCAGCCAACACUCUCGUGGGAUGACCAAUGCAUUUCCAAGAUGGAGAAAGCCUGGGAGUAUUAUAGCAGAUUAAAGAAAGAGCAAAGCAAUGAGGAGACAUAUUCUAGACAAGAAAAAGUAACCCAAAUAGAAACUGCUAAUGAAAUCAGAGCCUCUGAAUACUGUAAAUAUAGCCAAACCUUUAGGCCAGAGCCAGGCCUCUUUCCACAACAGGGACUGUCUAUAAUAGUGAAUCUCCAUAAAACCAGAGAUAAUGAGAAAAGGAGAUUCACUCGGGAGUUAGUCCAAAGGCAGUGUAAUCAAAUCUAUUCACAAAAGAACUAUUCUGAAGUUAAACGUGAGGAAACCUUCGGUAAUGAUUCUGAUGACAGUAACAAACAUGGAAUUCAUGCUGAAAAGAAAUUUUAUAAAAGUUCUAAUUCUUUCCUCCCAAAUAAAGAACUUCCUCUACAUCAGGGAACUAAUACAGGAAAGCAAUGCUCUGAAUUGACUAAAUGUGGGAAGACAACCUGUCAGAAGACAGAUCUUACACAAUACACUAGUAUUCAGAGUCAAAACAAAUAUAAAUGCAGUGAAUGUGAAAAGGUCUUCUCGCUGAAGAUAAAACUUCUACAACAUUACAGCAUUCAUAUUGGAGAGAAACCUUUCAAAUGUACUGAAUGUGGAAGGACCUUCCGCCAAAAGGAAUAUCUCCUACAACAUUAUAGGAUUCAUACUGGAGAAAAACCUUUUAUAUGCAGUGAUUGUGGGAAAGCCUUUGGCUGGAACAGAGCACUGACUCAACAUAUGAAAACUCAUACUGGAGAGAAACCCUAUGAAUGCCCUGAAUGUGGGAAGAUCUUUGCCCAGAGGUCAGUUCUUUUACAACACUUCAACAUUCAUACUGGCGAGAAACCUUUUAAAUGCAGUGAUUGUGGGAAAGCUUUUGGCUGGAGCACAGCACUGACUCAACAUAUGAGAAUUCAUACUGGAGAGAAACCUUUUAAAUGCAGUGUUUGUGGGAAAGCCUUUUCCUCGAACACAGGACUGACUCGACAUAUGAGAACUCAUACUGGAGAGAAACCCUAUAGAUGCAAUGAAUGUGGGAAGACAUUCCAGUCAAGCUCUAACCUUUCCAAGCACCGGAGAACUCACAGGAAUAAAACCUCCUGAAGGAAGUGUACAGAGGAAGGCAUUUUCUCAGAAGCCACAUCUUAACAACAGCCUAGCAUUCACACUGGAAAGAAGCCUUUUUAAUGCAAUGAUUAUAGGAAAGCCUUUUCCUGGAGCACAACACUAACUCUGCAUCAGAAAACUCUCCCUGGAGAGAAAUCCUAUGAAUAUCCAGAAUGCAGGACUUUCAUCACAUAAGAGAAUAUGUGCCCGAAAGAAAUUUUAGGAAUAUAAUAAAAUUGGGAAGGCGUUCUUCCAGAUUACAGCCCUUGUUCCACCUUGUAGAACUUAUGAUGGAGAGAAAGCAAAGCACUCUGCUGGGCUGAUCCUGAUUAAAAUGUAAUUGGAAAGUAAGAAAAUCCCACAAUAAAACAUAGAUGAUAUUA